GGAAAGGAGGCGGGCUUGUUCCGCCCAUUGGCCUAACGACUCUGCAUUCGGACUGGAAGCCGCUGAGCGCUGUGUGCGGCGGCAUGGAGGCGUCCGCUGAGCUGGGGAACCUGGCAGGUGUUCGGCACAUCAUCCUCGUCCUCUCAGGAAAAGGGGGCGUCGGGAAAAGUACCAUCGCCACCGAGCUAGCCCUGGCGCUACGCCACAGGGGCAAAAAGGUGGGGAUCCUCGACGUGGACCUGUGUGGCCCUAGCAUCCCACGAAUGCUCCAGGCCCAGGGCCGGGCCGUGCACCAGUGUGAUGGUGGCUGGGUGCCUGUGUUUGUGGAUCAGGAGCAAAGCAUCUCCCUCAUGUCUGUGGGCUUCUUGCUGGAGAAGCCGGAUGAGGCUGUAGUGUGGCGAGGCCCCAAGAAGAACGCCCUGAUAAAGCAGUUUGUGUCCGAUGUGGCCUGGGGGGAGCUGGACUACCUGGUUGUGGACACACCGCCCGGGACCUCUGACGAGCACAUGGCUGCGGUGGAGGCCCUGCGCCCUUGCGGGUCGCUGGGCGCCCUGGUGAUCACCACACCUCAGGCUGUGUCUGUGGGGGAUGUGAGGCGCGAGCUGACCUUCUGCAGGAAGACAGGGCUGCAGGUGCUAGGGGUUGUGGAGAACAUGAGCGGCUUCACCUGCCCACACUGUGCUGAGUGCACCAGCAUCUUCUCCAGGGGCGGCGGGGAGGAGCUGGCCCAGCUCGCUGGAGUCCCUUUCUUAGGCUCUGUGCCCCUGGACCCUGAGCUCACCAGGAGUCUGGAGGAGGGCCGUGACUUCAUCCAGGAAUUCCCCAAGAGCCCUGCGUUUUCUGCACUUACCUCCAUAACCCAGAAAAUUCUGGACAGGACACCCACUCUGCUCUCCUGAUGAGACCCCAUGGCCGUCCCCCGGGUACUGCUGAGAGCUCGGCUUGCAGCUUCUAAGAACUUGUGGGACAGAGGUCCCCGGAGUGGCUCCCAGGACCUGCAGAGGCUGGCCCAGUUCUCCUAGCUAGCCCAGCCUUUGUUCGGUGUUUU